AUGAAGGACUUCGCAAACCUGACAAACGGUCACUCUAUCAACAACAACAGUCUCUGUUUUGAUGGAGGAAUUGGCUCAAUGGAUCAAGACGAUGAGAGUAGCCGAAUGUUGGUGUUUAUGGACAAUUGCCAUCACAAGGAGGUGCUGACUUCUCUGAAUUUGCUUCAAAAAGGUGGCCAGUUUUGUGAUGUCAAACUGGUGGUUGGCGAACAUGAGAUCUCUGCCCACCGUGCUGUUCUGGCUGCCGCGAGCAGUUACCUCUUCAAGCUAUUCACAACAUCUAAGGAGACCUCCCAGGUGCCAUACAUGUUUGAACUGAACGACCUGGACUACAAAAGCUUCCAGUACCUGCUAAAUUAUACUUAUUCUGGACGGCUUGAGGUACCACGAGCUGAGGUAAUGACAGUGUACACAGCAGCCAUGCAAUUGAGGAUUGCUUCAGCAGCCAAGGCCUGCUCAGAUUUCCUGAUGGCUAACCUCUCCCCUUCAAACUGCCUUGAAAUCCGGAGCAUUGCAAUCGAUGCCCAGUUGAAAAGCGUUGUCGACCGAUAUAUUCAGAACCAUAUUAUCGAAAUCACCAACAACACCAAAAUCUCUUCUCUUCCUCGAAUUUUGGUUGAGAUUAUUGGUGUUGAUGAUGUUUCUCUUGGCAAUAAACACGAUUCUCAUCUUUUCCAUUUGGUCUUCAACUGGGCUAAGAAUGUCUUUAGUCAAGACAGCAGGGCUUUGCUGACCUUGGCUGAACAGAUCAAUGUUUUGUAUUUGGACAGUGAUCAAAAUUUGCAGGACUGUCGGGAUCUAAAUGACUCCAGUUAUGAUGAAGAUGAUGUUGUUAAUGAUUACAAGAAACUCACCAGAAAGAAGCAUUUGAUUCAUAUAAAGACCAAGUGUGACUCAACCAGCUGCUCUCCAAAUCAAUUGAGAAAGUUUGGUUCUGGUGAUUGUGAAUGGAUUCAGAAUGAAAAGGAAUGGUCACUUUUGGCCUCACACAAAACAGCUGAGCGUACAUCUAUGGGUGUGACCUUGUUGAAGGGAACAUUGGCCAUUGUCACCCUUCAUAUACGCCCAUCUCAGCCCCAUAGUCCUACAAGCACUGUGUCUGAUUCAGAAUCACCCUCCAGCACCCCAUCAACCAACAGCAUCCAGAUGAACACCAUUGAGAGACAUGUCUCGUUGACUCUGCUCUCCCAAAUGAGUACUGCUCGAUGUGGAUUUGGAUUAGCUGUCCUCAACAAAAAGCUUUUUGCUGUCGGUGGUUAUGACCGAGGUGAAUGUCUUCGAAGUGCUGAAUACUUUGAUAUUGAGAACAAUGUGUGGACAAACAUCCCACCAAUGAAAGUGGCACGUGGCCGUGUUGCAGUGGCCGUACUCAACAACAAACUCUAUGCAGUUGGUGGAUCUGAUGGCCACACAGAAUUGCGUUCUGUUGAAUGUUACGACCCAGAAACCAACAAGUGGCAAUUUGUAGGUGAAAUGCUUCAAGAACGUUCUUGCCCAGGUGUUGUAGCCUUAAACGACUGUCUUUACUGCAUUGGAGGCAGUGCCGGUCAACGUUGUAUUGCUGAAUGUGAAAUGUAUGAUCCCAGCACCAAUAUUUGGAAACCUAUUGCCCCUCUGAAUGCUGGACAUUUUCAAGCUGCUGUUUGUGUGUAUAAUGGGAAAAUCUUUGCCAUUGGUGGCAGUGGCACUUGGAAUUGUUUGAAUUCGGUUGAAGUUUAUGACCCUAUGACCAACACUUGGGAAGUUUACAGUUCUCUUAACACUCCUCGCAGAGGUGCUGGAGCUGACAUCAUCAAUGGAAAAAUUAUGGUUAUUGGCGGCAAUGAUGGCAUGCAAUCUUUGCGCUCCACUGAGAUUUAUGACACUGAAAAUGACUGCUGGUAUCUGGGGCCUCAACUUGGCAUCGAACGAGCAAAUGUCAGUGUGGCUUCUCUCGGAAAUAAACUCUUUGCUGUUGGUGGUUUCAGUGGCAAAAGGUUCCUCGACUCUCUGGAAUAUUUUGAUGCCACCACCGAAGAAUGGUGCUGCUAUUCGCCAGUCGAUGACAUCUGGCAGAGUCCUGCAGGUUCCACCCAAACAACAAACGGGAUGUGCAACGAAUUAGUUGAACCUCGGAAGAAAAUUGGCAAAAAGAGUCGUGCAAAGGUUUUUCCCAGCAGUACAAGUGACAUGCACACAAAUGGGACGAAUAAUGGAACUGUUAACUUGACAAAGACCAACACAACCCCAGAAUAUUCUUGA